UGGCCAUUGCUGAAGAGUUAUAUUUUAAUAUUCGUUAAAAACAAAUAAAUAUUUAAUACGUUUUGGCAAUUUCCAUAAAAAAGCGGCAAAUAUUAUUUAAAAACGGGCUUAGCCACUUUUGCCUUGGUGUUUUGUUGCACACAGAAUCCCAUUGCGAAAGCAGCUUCGCUUAGGAAGCCGGCUAAAUAUUGCAAAUUGCAAAAAAAUAAUUAUAACAAAAAUUACAAUAGAAACGUGUUAUGCUGAUGCAUGCUCUAAUUACGAUAUUGUGGUGAAGUGCGUUGCGAACACAAAAAAAGUAGGAAUGUUUAGAUUGGGCUUUCUAGCUUAACCAAUGUGGCACUUCCAAUGAAAAAUCAAUUCGAAAUCGUUGGAUGUUCUCAGUAUUGGUUAUUGGCGAGAAGAAUCCCAAACACAGCUGUAUAAAAAACUAAAAUCCAAUUCAAAUACGAUACACUCGCAUUUAAGUUUAACUCACACACACACACUUCCGGAAAAUGGCAACAACAGCUGCUGCUGUUGAGACGUCACAACAACAACAGUCUGAAGAUGCUCCACGUUCGAAGCGUCCUAGACUGGAGGAAGAGGAGCAAGAGCUCAAGGUGGCUGGCUUCUCGUUGAGUGCCAUUGAGGAGAUGCGUCAGACACGUGAUGCGGAGUUGCUGUCCGAGCCUCUCGAUCAGCAGCUGCGUCAGUUCCAAGUGCUCGAUGAAGUGGCCACAGCGAGUGAAGAGGAUGAGUCAGAUGACAACAGCGAGAAGCAAAAUGGUGAAAACUAUGCGGACGACGAAGAAGGAGACGCAGAGGCUGGCGACUAUGAUUCGUCUGACUUUGACGACGAGGAAAUUGAGAAUCUGCUGGAUGAGAAGCUGCCCGAUGAUCUGCGUGAAUCAAAGCGACCAAAGUAUGAGCAGCGGUUCAAGACUGUAUUAGAUGAAAAGCGUCACAAUCACUUUGAGGUGCUGCCCGAAGGUUGGGUGCAGGUGACACACAACAGUGGCAUGCCACUGUUUCUGCAUCGGAAGUCACGUGUUUGUUGUGCCGCUCGUCCUUAUUUCCUGGGCACUGGUAGUGCACGGAAACAUGCUGUGCCUGUGGGUGCAAUACCCUGUUUGAAUUAUCGACGCGCCCUGGAUGAGGAGACAGAGGCAGAGCAGCAGCAGGCAACGGACAAACCACCAGCAGAAAGCACAGAGCAAACCGCAUCAGCUGAUGCAGCACCACCUGUUGCUGUUUGUCCUUUUAAGCCUGCCACUCAGCCAGAGACGGAGACGGAGACUGAACAGCAGCCCAUGGAGAUCACAGAGAACACAGACAGCACAAACAGCAAACCGAAAUCCGAUGAUGGCAACGAGACGCCACAAGCCUUAAUACCAGCAGCCAAAAUUGUCACCGUUAAUGAGAAUACACAACUGGAGUCUGUGACACCCGAUCAGCUAAAUACGUAUUGUAAGAAACUCUUCAAAUUCAAGAUGAUACGUGUGCUGCGUUUUCGCUCCUGGAAUGCACGUCGAAAGUUUACAAAGAAUCGCAAGCACAUCAAAAACAUACAGCGACCUACGCUGCCCGACGGCACCAAGCUCAUCAAGUUUCCUAUACUGGCGCCUAGCGGCACUGAGGGUGCAACAAAUCCGCGUGGUCGCAAAGAAUGGAUCAUGAAUCCGAAUGGCAAAAGUUUUGUCUGCAUAUUGCACGAGUAUGUGCAACAUGCGUUGAAGACGCAACCCACCUAUGAGUUCAAGGAGCUGCAAAAUGCUGCCACUCCAUACUCCGCCACAGUUUCGGUGAACAAUUUAAAGUAUGGCACCGGCUAUGGCACUAGCAAGAAACAGGCCAAGUCUGAGGCGGCAAGGGAAACACUUGAAAUACUCAUACCCGAUGUGAAGGACAAGAUAACGGGCAACAACAAAGAUCAAAAGAGCGGCAUUGCCAAGAAGACGCAAAGUGAUUUGUCUGUGUUCGAUGACAUACGCAUCGAGGAUCCGCGUGUAACUGAAUUCUGCAACAAGACAACGGAGCCAUCGCCCAAUGCCAUUUUGCUGACCUGUUUGCAACGCAACUACGGCAGCGAUGUGCAGAUCACCCAAGAGAUUAAUCGCACCGCCAACAAUAAGAAUGAAUACACCAUGACGGUAGGCAAGCACUCGGCAAAGGUGGUGUGCAAGAACAAGCGUGAGGGCAAGCAGCUGGCAUCACAGGCUAUUCUUCAGAUACUUCAUCCGCACAUACAAACUUGGGGCUCGCUCUUGCGACUGUAUGGCAACAAUUCGAUUAAAACGUUCAAGGAGAAGAAGCUGGAGGAGCAGGAGAUUACCGUGCUGCAGAGUAAGGCGGCUGUUAAUCAACCCAACUAUGCCAUUCUCGACAAGCUCAAGUGCGAGAUGCUCAAACUCAGUGCCAAGCAGGAGAGUGUUCAAACGAUGGGCACCUUUGUGCCACCCAGCGAUGUGGAUUUGCCUACAUCAUCUGGUUCCAAUUUGAACAAUGUCGAAUUAUAGUUAUAAGCAUCCUCAGCAUGGUCAUCAUUAUCACAUUUAGCAUUAAGCAUAUAGACCAUCGUUAGUUGCAUCAUAGCUGUCAUUGAGUUUUUUUGGUUUACCCAGCUAACAUAGCUAACUUGAGCACCGUUAACCCAUGUGAUCCAUCAUAAUAUGACAAAAUAAAUAAUAAAAAAAAAACACAUUUAGAAGUCUCUCUGAAGCACGAGCGGAGAGCACUCUUAAAGUUUAUACAAUUAAUAUUAACAUACAAUACUUUAUAUGCAAGUGAUUACCGUAAUAAAUUCUAUACUAUAA